AUGAGUGCUGUUAUAAGAAAAAAAAUUGUUCGUUACGUGUUUGACAACUGGCAAAGGUUCAAAUGUUUUUCUCAACAAUUAUCUGGGGAACCUUAUAAAACUAAACAUUUGUACUUUGAUGACAUGUCAAAGUUAGAUACGUAUGGAUCUCUUUGUGAAGUUAGAGCAGCAUCAGAAAUAUUUCCGUAUGAAAUUAAAGUCUAUGAAAAUAACUGCUUUGUAGCUACGUUCGGCGAAGCACUAUGUGGAAUUAAAAGAUUAAUGUUCACUGGAAAUUUUAAUAGUGGUCAUUUCAACGCUUUAGUUCCAUUAACUGAAUCCAUCAACCAUGAUAUUGCUCAAUCAGACCGUCUUGAUGUUCAAGUAUCAUGUCCUAUCAACACGCAAACUGACGAUGCGAUAAAUUCAUCUUUUACUCAAAUUGAUUCCAAUACUGUUCUAUAUAAUUUAGAUCAAUCGAUUUCUUCUAUUCAGUCACCAUCAAAAAAAGGUCAAAAACGAAGAAAAAGAUUUUCAGGUGAAAUUAGAAUUAGAGCUAAACAACUUAGAGAAGCUGCUUCAAAAUACACGGAAACCCAUAAAGAAGUCAACCAAAAAGCUGUUAAACAAUACAAACAAAAUCAUCCUGAGAUCCAGAAAAAAGCUGUUCAAAAAUAUGUUCAAAAUCAUCUUCAAGUUAAGAAAAAAGCUCAAAAAAAUUAUCAGGCCAGAAAUCCACAUAUUUUUAGAGAAAAUUCAGUUAUAUAUCUCGAAAAAAGAUCAAAAACUAAAUUAUUGCCCUGGACUUCUAAGGCUUUUUCCGGUUUUAAAUACAACUGUCAAAUUGACUAUUCAAAAGACAAAAUUGUACAUCUUGGAUCACGGUUACCUUGCUCUUGGUGUCGUGCUCUGAAAUGGAAAGAUGAAACUGAAGGAAUGUGCUGCAGUAGCGGUAAAGUUCAACUGUCUAAGCUUGGUCCUUAUCCUGAACCCUUACAUAGUUUACUUACUCAUCAGCAUCCAUUAUCAGAACAUUUUUUUUCUAAUAUUCGUAAGUAUAAUGGAUGCUUUCAAAUGACGUCUUUCGGAGGAAAGCAGGUACGUGAAGGUAAUUUUAUGCCAACAUUUAAAAUUCAAGGACAGGUCUACCACAGAAUAGGGAGUUUAAUGGCUAGCUCUGAUCAACAGCCUUCUUUUCUUCAAAUAUAUUUUGUUGGUGAUGAUGAUAGUGAACGAGAUAUUCGUUGUGGCAUUUAUCCUGGAAUUAAUUCAAAAUUAACUCAUCAAUUGCAGAUGAUGCUUCAUGAUCACAAUAAGUAUAUUCUUGAUUUUAAAGUUGCAAUAGAUUCAGUUCCAAAAGGUCAAAAGGAGUUCAAAGUCGUGAUUAAUGCUGAUCGAAAACCUUCUGGUGAACAUAAAGGCCGCUUUAAUGCUCCUCAAGCUAGGGAAGUAGCUGUCCUUAUCGUUGGGCAGGAUUUUGAAAAACGAGAUAUCGUUCUCCAAAGCAGAAGCAAUCAAGUCGUGCGAAUCAGCGAGACACACCGUGCUUAUGAUGCUUUGCAAUACCCAUUGAUGUUUUGUUAUGGAGAAGAUGGAUAUCACAUUAAUAUUCCGAAGCGUGAUGAGAAGACUAAGACUCCUCUCAAUAAAACCGUGUCAGCUUCAGAAUUUUACAGCUUCAGGAUUAUGGAACGCGAUGGUGAAGAAGGUUGCUUAUUAUUAUUUCGUAAUCUUUUAAAUCAAUUUUUAGUAGACAUGUAUGCCAAAAUUGAGACUGAACGACUUAACUGGAUCCGUAAUAACCAAAAAAAGCUGAGAAGUGAGGAAUAUGUUCAUUUAAAGGAUGCUUUGACGAAAAAUGAUGGACAAUCAUCAACUAUCGGAAAAAUGGUUGUGUUACCUUCUUCUUUUACUGGUGGACCCCGUUAUAUGCAUGAGCGAACUCAGGAUGCAAUGACAUAUGUUCGACAUUAUGGACGGCCAGAUUUGUUUAUUACUUUCACCUGCAAUCCCAAGUGGCCAGAAAUAACAGAGCUUUUGCGUCAAGGUCAAAAAUCACAUGAUCGACAUGACAUUGUAGCGAGAGUUUUUAAUGUAAAAGUAAAACAUAUGAUGAAGCUUCUUACAGUGGGUAGUAUUUUUGGUAAAACAAAAUGUCACAUGUACACUAUCGAAUGGCAGAAACGUGGACUUCCUCAUGUUCACAUUCUACUGUGGUUGGAAGAAAAAAUAAGAUCUGAGUCUGUUGACCAAAUUAUAAGCGCUGAAUUACCUGAUCCUAACCUAGAUCCAGAUCUUUUUGAAAUCAUAAAAUCAACCAUGAUUCAUGGUCCAUGUGGUUCUUUCAACUCAAAGUCACCCUGUAUGGUUGAAGGAAAGUGUACUAAAAGAUAUCCUAAGGCAUUUUUAAAAGAAACUGUCACUGGAGACGAUGGCUAUCCUCAGUAUCGCAGACAAUCUCCAGCAGAUGGUGGAAUGAAAAUAACCCUUAACGGAGUUGAAGUUGACAAUAGAUGGGUAGUCCCGUACAAUCCCGUUCUGUCCCGUACUUUUAAAGCUCAUAUUAAUGUGGAAUAUUGUAAUUCUGUUAAGUCUAUUAAAUACAUUUGUAACUACCUUAAUAAAGGAUCUGACCAAGCAGCGUUUACCGUUGAGGAUUUUGAUGAGGUGAAAAAGUACCAAGCAGGACGUUACAUUAGUAGUUCUGAAGCGGUUUGGCGCAUACUUUGUUUUUCUAUUCAUGACAGAUUUCCUUCUGUCAUGCAUCUUGCUGUACAUCUUGAAAACGGUCAACGAGUUUACUUCACAGAAGGAAAUGUAAUUGAUAAAGUUGUUAAUCCACCAAAGACAACUCUAAUGGCUUUUUUUGAACUUUGCAACUGUGAUAAUUUUGCAAAAACUCUUUUAUACUUUGAAGUUCCGGCUUACUAUGUAUGGAAGAACAACCACUUUGAAAGGCGGAAAAAGAUUCGAGGUCCAGUAUCAUUUUCUGCUUUAAAAACUGUUGAUGGAGUAAUUCAGCCAACAUUUCAAGCAGCAUGUAGAGCACUAGGUCUUCUCGAAGAUGAUGCUAAUUGGGAUCACACUCUAGAAGAAGCUUGCAUCUCUGAUUCUCCGUUCAAAAUCCGUGAGCUGUUUGCCAUCAUGUUAGUUUUUUGUCAUGUUGGCGACCCACAGAAAUUAUGGGAGAAAUACCGAGACAAUUUUUCUGAAGAUAUUAGGAGAGAGAUAGAACGAGAAGAUGGAAAUGUCGAGCUGAUGCUUGACAUUAUUUACAACAAAUGCCUCAAUUUGAUUGAAGAUAUUGUUAUAUCAAUGUCGGGAAAGACACUUCUUCAGUUCGGUCUCCCCUCCCCAUCACGAGAGGAAAGAUUUAUUUUCACCAAUCGUCAAUAUCUGAAUGAAUUGGCUUAUGACACUACCUAUUUGAAUGAAUUUGUAGCUGAAAAUGUUCCUAAGUUAAACUUAGAACAGAAAAAAGUUUACAGUAAAAUUUUGAAUUCGAUUAUUUCUAAUUCUGAGCAAUUAUAUUUUCUUGAUGCUCCAGGUGGCACUGGAAAAACUUUUUUAAUCAAUUUGUUGCUCUCAAAAAUUAGAAGUGAGAAAAAAAUUGCUAUAGCUGUUGCUUCCUCAGGAAUUGCUGCGACUUUGAUUGAUGGAGGCAAAACAGCUCACUCUGCAUUUAAAUUACCUCUAAAUUUGUGUCAUUCUGAGUCCCCACUUUGUAACAUCUCUAAACAAAGUGAUAUAGCUCAUGUACUAAGAGAAACAAAAAUAAUUAUCUGGGAUGAGUGCACAAUGGCUCACAAAAAAGCUAUUGAAGCUCUGAACAGAACGCUCCAAGACAUCAGAGGUUGCAACCAACUUAUGGGAGGAGUAGUUGUUCUCUUGGCUGGUGACUUCAGACAAACAUUGCCUGUUGUACCACGAGGAACACGCGCUGAUGAAAUUCAAGCCUGUAUCAAGUCAUCCUUUUUAUGGCCUUCGGUAAAAGUUCUAUCUUUGACUAUCAAUAUGCGUGUUCAUCUUCAACCACAUCCACAAGCUGAGGAGUUUUCGAAAGUACUCAUUGACAUAGGUGACGGUAAGAUCCCAGAAGAAGACGGAAAAAUAAAUGUUUCUUGCAUUCGUUGUGAUAUUGUCCCAGAUUUAAUCACCUUGACUGAAAAAAUAUACCCGAAUAUUGACAAGGCUGGAGAAAAUUGCAGUUCAUGGUUAAAAGAGAGAGCUAUUCUCACUCCAACUAAUGAACAAGCUAAUUCUAUUAAUAACUUUUUACUGGAGCAACUGCCAACUGAGCAAGUAAGAUAUGAGUCGGUAGACACAGUAAUGGAGGACGAAGACGUUGUUCACUACCCUGUAGAGUUCUUACAUACUCUUAAUCCACCAGGAAUACCUCCUCAUGUUCUUCAUCUCAAGAUUGGCACCCCAAUAAUGUUGCUCAGAAAUUUAAACCCUCCAAAAUUAUGUAAUGGAACUAGGCUCCAAGUCAAGAUCUUACACAAAAAUGUUAUUGAGGCCACAAUUAUCACCGGAAAAUAUCAAGGAGAAACUGUAUUCAUUCCAAGAAUUCCGUUAAUUCCAUCAGACUAUCAUUUUGAAUUCAAACGUCUGCAAUUUCCUGUUAAAGUUUGUUAUGCUAUGACAAUUAAUAAAGCACAAGGGCAGAGUUUGAAGAUGGCUGGAAUUGAUUUAAGAAAUGAUUGUUUCUCUCAUGGUCAACUUUACGUGGCAUGCUCAAGAGUAAGUUCACCUGACAACUUAGUCAUUCUUCAGCCAAUUGGAAAAACCAAAAACGUCGUGUAUAAAGAAAUUUUAAUGGGUGAUUUUAUAGUUAACAACGGAAAUGCACCGAAGCCGCCUCAACGUCAAAUCAUUCGAUAUCUCAACUGCUCUGACUUGCAUGAAUAUUCAUUGGCGGAAGAUACCAUUCAACUAAGUAAUCUUAUCAUUGUGGCCGCGGACAACCCUUGUGUUAUAAAAGCGUCGGUAAUUAUUUUGAAAAACAAUCAUUUUCCCGCUUAUUAUCAUGCUUAUAACAUAACUGGAAAGAAAAUAGUAAUGGUAAAUAAUGAAUUCAAAGGACCAGAACAAAAUCAUUACAUAGUUGGAGAUAAUGUACUUUUAGUUAAUAAUACAUAUCAAGGCCACUUGCAAGUUCAUGAAUUAGCGGGAUAUCAACUCACUACGUUCAACAAUGUAUAUGAUGGUAUAUGUAAAAUCAAUCAAUAUUCAGGAACUAGUAUACUGGUAUUCGAUAACGAAUCUAGAGGAGGUCUGUAUGAUGUCUUACUUCGGAAAAAAUCCGUGAACUUAAUGUAUGAAUUGUAUCCUAACGAUCUGUCAAAUUAUGAAAGUGGAGCCUUUAAUGAUAUAAGAGAAUAUACAGAAUACUCUUUAGACAAAACUGAUCAAGCACAGCCCGACCUCACUAUUGUAGACAAGAUCGGAUUUCUACAAGAUGUGAAGUUUGGAUUAAAAAUUAAACGUCCUGAAAGUGCUUUUAUCGUUAAAAAAUUCGAAGGUAUUCAUUCUGCAUUGAGAUAA